CCUUCACCUUCACCUCGGGGCGGCGGUAGAUCUCGCGGCCGCGUCGCGGGAUCGGUGAGGAGGGCGGGACAGCAGCUGCAGCAGGGGGGAGCGGCAAAACCCUACUCGCUCUCUCCCUCUCUCUCCCGCGCCGCCGCAUAGAUCUCCGGUGCGAUCCAAGAUGGCGAGCACGGGGCGGUCGAUGUCGCUGUCGCUGCUGCUGUUCGCGGUGACGCUGUCGCUGCUCGAGAUGUACCGGGGGAAGUUCGCCUCGUCGGAGCUCAUGACCAUCGCCGGCGGAUUCGUCAGCUCCCUCCUCUUCCUCCUCCUGCUCACCUUUAUUGGCAAUUAUCAGGAAGCUAAUGGAGUUAGAACUGGGUGGGGUGCAGUCGUUGUCGCGGAACUUGUUGCACUUAUUAUUGCCGGUACUGUCCAUCGUGUUUGUAUCACAACAUGCUUCCUGUUUUCUGCUGGGUUCCUCUACGAGGUUGAUAAGCUCUCGGGAAUGAUUCUUGCAAGGAGCGAGUCAAAAGUGAGGCGGCACUAAGCUUUUGUACCAUGUCAUAUUUGUAGAUCAAAUCAAAAACUAAAGUUCACACCCUCCAUCGAACUUUCAACCCAGCUAGCUUUUCCCACGAGGCAUACGUAUACCGUUUGAAUUAUCAAUGCUGCUAGUGUGAUUGCGCUGAUGUCACAGUUCGACUGUUAUGAGUUUUAUGAUCUAAUGAGACUGUUGUUGACUAGGUAAUUUGAUGAC